GAAAAACAUUCCCAGCUCUAAAAGGUUUUAUUUCAUUAUACGAAAUUCAGCAAUCUCCAUUAAUCAGGAUCCUCGACUUAACGAAAAUGAAGAUCAAUGUUGGUGCUCCUCUCCUCACUCUAGCAAUUUUCUUUAGUUUCAUUGAAUUAAGUUCGCAGUACAAUACAGAUAUUCUUGUGGAUGACGAUAAAACUCUUCCAGAUAACCUGGGCAUCUUUUACAGUACAAAGAAUAGAAAAGAUAUAGUGAUAAUUGAUGGGCACAAUCAAAUAACUUACGGGCUAAUACACGAUGCUAAGCGUACAAUGGUUUGCGCGUUAGAAAUAGAUAAUGAAAAAACAUGGGUGCGUAAAUUAAUAGCUAAAGGCCAACAAGUUAAGGUCGAUGACACCAAAACUUAUCCGUGGAAUAAAAAUGACACAAACUUAUAUAAACUUGAUUUUGACAAAGAACUUCCCAAAAAAAACAAUUGACAUUUACGACUGCAUUGCACCUUUUUAAUGUCGACACACACCUUCGCUAAAGAAGAAACUAAUAUUUCCUUUUUUCAGACUGUGAGAAAAUACAUGAAAAAAUGCAUACAUAAUAUUAAUCGAAAGUAAUUUCGAUCAUUUAUAGACCUGAAAUAUAUAUUAAAACUAUUUUUUAAAUCCAUAUGUUAAUAAAAUCUUAGUUGAUUAAUAUUAGUUU